CCAUUUUUAUGUUCUUGUGUUGACUCUUUCCUGAAGACAUGUGUGAAGACAACCAAACUGAAGUAGCUGAGUUUUUGCUUCUUGGAUUUCAAAACCUCCAUACAUUUAAAAUUAUUCUCUUCAUUGUGUUUUUCUUCUCCUAUGUGGUGACAUUAAAUGGAAACCUCAUCAUCAUUGUUUUAAUUUCGAUUAGUGACAAUCUUAAAAUCCCAAUGUUCUACUUCCUCAAACACUUGGCAAUAGCUGACCUCAUGAUAACCACCACCAUAGUCCCAAUGAUGUUAGAAAUUAUACUAAAGGGUGGAAUUACAAUUUCUGUUACCGCCUGCAUUAUCCAGCUGCAUUUCUUCGGUAUUUUUGGAAUUGUGCAAUGUUUUUUUAUUGCAAUUAUGUCCUAUGAUCGAUAUUUGGCCAUAUGUAACCCAAUGCAUUAUCAUUCAAUCAUGAAACCCCAAAUGUGUCUUCAAAUGGUUGUUGGGUCUUGGUUGUUCGUUAUCUUUGAGUCGGGUGAAUUAGCUUUGGUGUAUCAGCUACAUUUUUGCGGUGGGAAGAACAUUGACCACUUCUUCUGUGAUUCUUCUCCAGUGAUAGACCUCUCUACAUCAGAUAGUUCCCUUUUCGUAUUAAUUGAUCUUUGCCUUUCAAUUUUAGUUAUUUUUGUUCCUUUUGGCGUUAUUAUUGUGACCUAUGUAUUCAUCUCCUUCGCUAUAUUACAACUUUCUUCAACCAGUGGAAGACGGAAAGCCUUUUCCACAUGUAGCUCGCACCUGGUCACUGUGUGCACAUAUUAUGGGAGCUUGAUGGCUGUCUAUUUGAUACCAACUGAUAAAAGAUCACCUAAUACAAACAAAUUGAUGUCUCUUUUCUACAUUGUGACAACUCCACUGUUGAAUCCUAUUAUCUACAGCCUGAGAAACCACGAGAUCAGAAAAAGCCUUAAAGACAUUUUUAGAAAAUUUAAAACACUUCAUUUAUGCUGAAAUUAGUGGACUGCA